AUGUGCUACAAGUCCAGGCCAACGGAUUUUUGGAGCUUUGGUGAAAAUCGAGUUGCUCAUGAUCGAAUCCAUAUGGCGCAAGAUCAAAUUCGUAAAGUUUGCGAUAAUUGUCGAAUGAUCUGCGGUUUAAUCCAGAAUGACUAUGGUUUUAACGAUGAUCAUCGCAAUCGUAGUAUCACGAGCUUCGAAACCAACUCGGCGAUGCAUCAAUCGCGAUCGAUACAACUAACAUUUUUUGCAGCAACAUCAUCCUGA